UAGGCAGUAUAACUUUUUACUGGGAUAGGUAAUUGUCUGGGGGUAAGGGCUGCAUUUUAAUAAGGUGACGUCGCGUGCAGUCUGGGUGCAGGGUGCAAGCGGGGGGCGGGUGUGCGUCGGCGGCGGGCGCGGGGCGAGGAGUGCACCUGGGCGGCGGCCCACGUGCCCGGGCCGGGCUCGCUCGCUCGCUGCUCAGUCGCCAGCGAGCCUUUCUCGAGCGAACAGCGCGCGCCGCCUCCACCCCCGCGCAGCGACAGGUGGCGCCGACGCCCGACGCCCGCAGGCCGCCGGCAACCCCCGCUGACUUCACCCCCCACCCCAACACCAUGAAACUUUAAUGAAACAUUUGCUAAACAAAUCACGGUGUGGUACUUCGGCGGACAUAGAUUGCAGUUUACUAGUGCUGAUUGUUUUCCCAAUCAAGGACCCUUUGAAAAUGGGCUGUUAAAGAAAACGCCGGUACUGAAAACGAUACUGCAGGGGCAAGAAGUCGCGGCGUGCGCGUGCCAUGGUCGCGCGGACGCGAUGACGCGCACUGCCCGCGGCAUGCCCCGCUGACAUGGCAUUCAGCCGCUUCGCGCUACUGACGUUGGCUACUCUUGCAGCUAUCGGGUGUUGUGUGUGCGCGCCGCAGGGCAGCGCGCAAGGCGGUGUGCAAGGCGGCGCGCAGGUACCGCCGGGCGUGCCGCACUCCACCGCGCCGCCCGGCCACGGCGGCGUCCGCAGAUUCAGUCAGUAUUCCAGAGGGCGAGGAUAUCGCGAUUGGCGCACUCGUGGAGAUCCAACGCUCAUCAACUCACUCUGGCGCAGUCGGCAACCACUCGGUAUCCGGAAACAACUAGGGAACGCGGAAGUGUACAUAGUGCUGGCCCUGCUGAUCGGGUUUGUGACAGUAGUGGUGGGGUGCUGGCUGUCGGACAACUGCUGGUCGCCGGAGCCGGAGGACAUCCUGGCGGGCGGCUGACCCGUGGCGGCGGGCGCGUGCACGCACGUGUAGCGCCCGCCGUCGGCCGCGGGCGACCGCGACAGCCCGUCGGGCGCGGGCUCGCUGUCGCCCGUGCUGCCGCCGCCGCCCGCGCGGGCGCCCGCCUUGCUCCACGCCGCGCGCCACUUCUGCCGCGGCGCCUGCCUCCGACUCCCCUGCGACAGAAGGACCGAACCACCGGUUUUUUGACCCGAACCGUUGCGGCCCUCUUGCCGCAUACAUGAAAAAACUAACGGUAAUCUCAUCUCGACUAUAGCUAAUGGCGGAGUGUGCGAUAACGAAUAAGUGAUUAGAAAAGACUAAUUGUUGUAAUAGACUUUUGUAAGCGCGUUGUAGGUAGGUACGAUAAUAAACCAGACGUGGAAAGUCUUUUCUGAACUUUAAACGGCGACAAGGUGUCAUUUUAAUGAACUGCAAGAGCUUGGGGUAAGAGAUUUAUUUAAUUAUUAAUACAAGUAUGAAUGUACAUCAAUGUAAAGUAUCUUAUUGUAAUAAUACGAGACGAUUUUCCUAUGCGCAGGUGAGCGCUCGGAAUUAUGUAGCGAAGUAGAAGCUCACUGUAUUAUCAGAUGUUUCCCAGUAGGCAACGCUUCUAGCGGUCCCUCUAAUUUCCUGGACUUCACCUGACGCAACACUCAACUCACGUGGUGCGACUGCGUCUCCCUUUGUAAUACUUUACUGUUGUUUCUAAAAGUAUGUGCCUUGAAACGCUUUUCUCGACUUGACUUGUAGAUUAGAACGAGUUUUGAACCAUUUAGAAGAAAUUUCUUCUCUCUGUCUGUUAGGACAAGUAAUCCCAUAAGUGCAUACACAUCAUGACCGUGCCUUUACCGUUCUAUAGACUUUGAGAGGGACGUAAUUAACAAUAGGAUUUUAAAUUACGCUUUCCUCCAUUUGAGGUAACCUACCGAUGAUUGUUUUGGAGUCUGUAGUAUCCGGCUUGGUUUGUUGAGUUUUUAAUGCGCGGUGCUUCGUUAGCCGCUCGAGGACAAGAGUUAGGACCAAAGUCUUUUGCUACUUGUGCGUCAAUUGGAUACAGUUCUUAACUCUUCACAAUAGGAUAAGAAACAACAAUGAGAGACAACGACGUGUACAUCUAAAUGUAGAAUUUGGAUACGUUUUAUUGGCAUUUUUACCUUAGUACCUAAAGGUUUUUGUAAAACCAUUCAUAAUGGUUACCUGCAAGUAAAUUGCUUGUUUAAAAUAAUAUUUUUUAGCUUUCUGGAUCCAUCCAAAUUAAAAUAAUGAUUGUUACAAAAUUAGCUUUGGGAUAGCGCCUGCCAGUUAAAUAGCUUAACGAAUUAAUUAAAUACAUAUUCAUAAUAGAAGAAUACUAAGUACCUGUAAGCAUUUGUAUUUGUGCUUAGGAAUUCGUUUAAAACAGAUGGUUCAAAUAAAAAAUAUUCCUACCUACUUUGUACUAACUUUUUUAAAACUACUUAUAUUUUAAACGUGCGGAAUGGGAACAAAUUCACAUCAAAUUCAAUUAAAUCCUUCAAUCGUAAUCCAUUCUGUGAACACUACCAGAAAAAUGUUAAUUCACAAUUGAAUAAAAAAAAUGCAAUUAAAUUUAUUCACUGUAUAAAUACUUACUUACUACAAAUUUAUAUUUUGAAACACGUGAAUUCCCUAUCGCUAAUAUUGCUACGUAUGAAGGUCUGACCUGAUGACAUAUACAACAAAGAUGAGCUCCUAAGAGGUUGUACAGUCACCUGCAAUAAUAUGUUACACAACGAAGCAAAAAUAUCUUAUUUGUAGAAUCAUAAGAGCGUGUCACAUAUUUUUGCCGCCUUCGAAGAGUAACAUAUUAUUGCAGGUGACUGUACGUAAAGAGCUAUAAGUUAUAUCUAAGCCGAAAAACGCUUCCGAAAGCAAGCCUAUAAUACCUAUAUCCUAUAGGUAUUUAAUAAUAUUUAUGCUUAAAAUCAGCGAAUGAAACUUAUUUACUUCUGUAUGAAUUUAUUGUUAUAUAUUUGUGUAUUUUUAGUUUAUUGAUGUUUCUGUGUAUCUGAAUUUUAAAAAUCGUACCGUUAUUCACAUUCCUAUAUUUGUUUAAUAAAUUGAACGUAGAAUAUUAUUGUCACUUACACUUGUCUUAACAUUUAUUUAAAAAAAGCGUUAGCUAAUUUAAGUUUUAUGACGAAAGGGGUAAGCUUAAUAAUAUUUUAAGUACUUAUCUAUUUUAUGCAAGUCACAUAACAAGGAUUUUUAAAAUUCGAGGACAGAAGCAACAAAAAAUCCAGGCAUAGUCGAAUUUUGAGACAACCGACCGACCCCAGUAUUUUAAGACCUUAUUUGUCGUUGCAUAUAAACUUUAUCUAUAUACAACGCCAGAACAACUUAUUAUUAAAAAAACAGAAUAAGGCCGUUUUCGACAAAAAUAUCACAGGGUUCUAAUGUUCACGAGAAUGCUGUUAUCAGUAUUCUUAUAAUAACAUUAGAACACUGUCUAUGUUUUCCUAAAACAUAUAUUGUUUCAAUAAUGCUAUCAGUUAUUUAUUUGAAUAAUUUUAGUUCAUCGGGUACUUAGAAAUGUUCCAUUGAGAAGAUUCCCCCAUUCCGAUACCCACAAGAAUAAUAUCGUCUUAUAAGGUACUCAAGUCGUAAUAUGUGAAUAUAGGCAGGUACAUAUGUAUAGCACAUUUAUCUGAAAAGUUAUCAUUUAGAAAAAUCAUUGUACUUUGUGCCAAACCUAUAGGUAAUAGUAAUUAUUAGAAUCCGGACAAAAUCAAUUUUCAACAUUUUCAUGCAUAGACUAUGGCUAAAAUGAAUAGAAUGCUGUUUAUAAUAACACGAAUCCAUCAAAAUUGUAUAAAACGAAAUUAAACACCUAGAUUUUACUCGUAUAGACAUAAGAAACCCGACUGAAUAGUCAACAUUCAUAAGAGUUAGACGAUUGUAGAUAAGCAUUUUAUUUCAGUGGAUAAAGUAAAUGAGUGUACAGAAUUAGGCAGAACACUACUUGUGCUAUUUGAUAAAAUCAUAAGUUCGUCUUUGUUAAUCGAUCUUAACAAUAAAUGUAUUGUGUCUUUU